AUGGUAAGGGGAUUUGAAACGGGAGGAAAUCAAUUAUCGGAUAAUAUUACAUUGCUCGAUACGAGUACGGCUUCGGAAAAGCGCCAUUCGACGGACUCAAAUUGUAAGUAUUUAUGUAUUAUCGCUGACUAUAAGUUUUAUUAUAAAUUUCCUAAAGUGAACUUGAGGUGGUUUACAACGGGAAUCACCUUCGUAAAUUUUAACCCUCGAGAUCGAUUGGAAAUAGAUAUUUAUUUCUAUAGCACAAACCUCAUGUUGUUAUUAACACUAGAGAGUAGACCAUGGCUUGCCAGACUCUACUGCGACAAAUUUAUGAUUGAUUGAGCAACAAGACUCAACUAAAAAUGCCUUCCACAAUUCGUUUUAUAACUUCAAUUAAAUCUAUCGGCGAUGUUACCUCCAGACAGCAACUACAGCCAAAGCAUGGUUAUUUUAUUGAUGUAACCCAUCUAUUUCAGCAAAUGAUUAGAUAAUUUUUAGUUUUUAACUGAAAAAAAUCAUGAAAAAUAUAUUUAGUUAGAACUAAGUGAAUCAGCUGAACAGAUCGAAAGUUCAAUGAUCGUUACACGAGUCGCACUAGAAAAAUUGCUUUGGUUUCGUAGCGUUCUAUUUGCUUUAUUUACCAAAAUAAGAUUCAACUCCUUAAACGAUUUCCUUUGUUCCGAAGAAAAUAAAUGAAGAUCUACAGUUAUUCAAGAUUAAAGCAUGAGUGUUAAAAUUCGCUUUCUGAGGCAAUCGCUUCCUAAGGGUUUCUGAAGUCGUUAGAUUUUGUUAAUACCGCACAAACAUGACUCUCUAUAAUUACAAUCAUUAUUAUUGUGGUUAAGGAACUCAAAUUUGAAAGUAAGAUUCAUCGAAUCUGCGCUAUUGUCAACAGAAUUUAGACUAUUUAAGAUUACGAAUAAACUGAUUUGUUUAAGCUAGGCUGUCUAGUUUUAAAGCCAUAAGUUCUCGUUUAUUUUUAAAACAAAAUUCAAAAUGACAAUUAAUGUUUUUAAUUCUAGUUGUACAGAGACAACGAUUGUUUACAAGAACGUGAAAUUAAGAUAGCGCAUGUUGAUGCAAUGUCUUGCAAAUGACACAAGUACGUUUUCCGUAGCAAUUUCAUCAGUUCAAGGUAAAAUAUGUUCACUCUUUAUUCAGCUGAGGGAGACUAGCAGCGACAUUUGUCUGUGAAACUUGCUUGACGAGAGUUUCAUUUAGACUCUUCAGCUAUUUCCUCAACAAAUAACCAUAUCAAGACGUAAAUUUCGUCUUUGAGAAGUUUCUGAGUCCAUGUCGAGUCACCUUAUUCAAAAUCUGACAUGUCCGUCUUUGCAGACUUUCAACGAAUGUAGCUUGAAUGAGUGGUAACGAAUGAAGAAGCUGGAAAUCACCGAGUCUUGCGCGCCGCGCCCAGAGUUAAACAUCUUAACACCAAAUUCAACGGCCAAUCAAAUGAAUGGAUAAUAUAAAGAGCAGCCCAUUGGGAUUCUAACUGAAAACAAGCAAACUGUUUCAAGGGCGGGAAAAUAAGAGUGACUACGACGCGAUUGUUUUCAGUUUUGAAUCUGAUUGGUUAAGAAAGUGGUGCGAGUUUUCUUGACCAAUCACAUAGAGAAGAAGACAGAAACCUGUUUGCGAAAAUAUGAAGUUUUAUUUUAGCACUACAAUCCAUGGGAUAAAAUUCUUAGUUCUUCCUAUCUGUCUGCUGGACAUUGUAUUAAGAUUGUUGGGUGAAUCAUCAAAAGAUCACUGUUGAAAAUGAAAGGGUUAAACCGGGAACAAGAAAGCCCUGUUUCUCUUUGUUUGUUUGCACCCAUGGAAUCUUAGCACUUUCAUUUUCCUCACCGAUAAGGAAAACACUGCACUGUUUCCUGUAGCUUGAACACACUAGAGUUUAAAGGUAACGAAAGUUUUCUAGUCCAGUGUACAACGUUUGAAGCAUUUUAUGAAUAGAAGUCACAAACAAGGACGAUUAGCAUAGUAAACAAACGCUACUUGUAUUGUAUUCCUAAUCAAGCGAUGGCUAAAGAACAUAGAUGAACGUAAAGUAUUACACCAGAAUCCGGAGAUGAUGGCCAAAGGGCCAGUGAGUACAUGACCUUGAAGGUGAUAAAACCGAGUAAAGGGAAGGAUGUGAUUUGAGUUUGUUGCGUGUGUUUCUAGAACACCCCACGCUGCAAGACGUGACUACCACAGGCGGCGUCACGAUCAACUGACAUUUACCUUGAUUUGUUGAAAAUUGUCCUUAAUGCGAAGGAGGAAAUGAAGCUAUAGUUUGGCAGAGCAGACACACACCAAAAAUUGAGUCUGAAAGGAAAAGCAUAGAAAAUUCCAGCCAAACUUUAAUUUUGAAAACGCACUAUGAAUGACGUAUUAAACCGCACUUCAAGCAGAAUACCCCACGUACGAAACAAUCUCGGAUGACACCUCUCGAUUGACGGGGUCUCUUUCCGAUCCAAUUUAAGUUAAAUCUAUCCGAAUUAGGGCCGACACUCUCCAUUGUUCAAAAUGAUCGAAAUUUCUCUUACAUCCAGGAUUUAAUUUUAAAGGACAAGAUCCACACGUUUUUCACCGUAAUUUUCUUUCAAGUAUAACUUUCAAUUUCCUCUACAGAAUGUAAUCGUUGACAUUUCUGAGGAAUUUAGUUUUCCCGCCGGAAAUAGAAAGGUCUCAACUGCGAGCUUAGUGUUACUUGCAGAAUUAGCGGAGUAUUUCGACAUAUAAUCCAACCUCGUAUUUUCUAGAAACAAGGUCUACCUAUGAUACUAAGAAUAAAGGCAAAGAAAUUAAUUGCUCUCAAUCAACACCCUUUUAAUUGAAACAUAUCUUGGAUACACGCGACUCGUUUCAUGAAAAGAAAGUAUUCCGGCAGCGAAUACCGAAAUAAUGGAUUGUACAAAGAUCCAGUUAAAUUCUUCAAACUUAAGUGUUAAUCCAUGAGAUUUCUUAGUCUAACUUUCCCUAAAUCUUAUACCGCUGUCACGUUUGCCUCUUGUUCUCUCACGUUUUUUGUUAUGUUUUUUUUUGUUUUCACAACACGUUUGACGAUUUUUAGACACAUAAAAUCUUCUUGCUCUUAAGACUUUGUUCGUGACCCGGACUCAAUAAAAUUUUUGGAGGGAAUUGGAAACAUAAGCUUUCAAAUGAAAAGAACUACAUGUCGCGGGAGUGGAGGUCAGAUAAGACCGUGCGUGAGCUUUGAACUUCCGGUAUCUGCAGUCAUAACAUGAAAAGUUUAUCUCUUGUUUUAUUGAUCUCAGAUAUAUAUAUUUUUUGUGUCCAGUCCCAGUAUUACCUGUGGCAAUAACAGUCAUUGUUAGCUCAAUCAUCGUUACAGUCCUGGUGACGUUGUAUCUUGUGAGAAGACAGCGCCAAGCAGAAAAAUAUAAACAGUAUUCCCAGAUAGCCGAGACUGCUGUUCAACCGCCGCAAUUUUCCGUGAAAACGACUCAACAACCUUUUCCAGCGAAGAAAAAGUUGUGUCGAACGAAAGAAAAAAUUAUUUCCUCUGAAGAGUCUCUUUCACCGAUGUCGAGCGAGGAAAUGUUUUUUGACGCACAGGAACGGCUUGAAGGGAAAGCAUCUCGUUCAAUUUCCAGUCGUGAGGCGAGCCCGGCAAGUGCGUUGGAAGAGGAAGAAAAAGAAGAAGACGAGGUGUACCCCGUCGACCAUCUUGGACGAAUUUGGUUAAAUUUAGAAUACGAUAAAUCAGCCGAAAGUUUAGCUGUGACAUUGGUCAAAGCACGAAAUCUUUCUACGCGCGGCAAAGCUUCCAAAACGUGCGAUCCGUUCGUAAAACUGCGCAUUCUUGGUCCAGAGGAAAAGGAGAGGAACGUGUCCCAGAGCAAGAAUAAAAGAAAAACAUGUCGGCCAAACUUUGACGAAAUGUUUUAUUUUAACAUGCCUGUUUCAGAGCUCAAGAGGUGCACACUUCGUUUAUCUGUAUAUGAUGGCUUUAGAGCAAGCCAGCAGAGUGUGAUCGGAGAAGUCUUGUUUCCUUUGAGUGAAUUGGACACAGAUCAGAAACUUGAGUUAUGGAGGGAUCUUGCCGCUAAUGAAGAGGUGAGUUAAUUCUCCUGUUGGCAGUCAGUCAUGAUACGUAGAAUUUAACAAGCGCGUCAGUCAAUAUACGCGUUUGCUAUUUGCUAAUUAUCAUUCCUACAAGUGGUCAUAAGUGCAUAAACAAACACAGUUUCUAAUAUCCUAGAUCACUCCUUUCAAAUCAAUCACAAAUUUCUAGAGGCGUGUUUCUGGCACGAUCUCUUUCCCAAUUUUAAACCACUCACAAACGCCAAUGAUUCUAUGUUUGAAAACUUUUUGACAUGAUUAAAAGCAUUAUUGAGCAACGUUUGAAGACAGCUUAGCUCUCUUUAUUUAUCGCCGGGCUUUCUGAUUUCAUCUCCAAAAUGAAAUACGAAAAAAGAAAUUCAAUCAAAAUUUUGAUUGACAGCGGGGAAUCCAAUUCAGUGCAUUUAAAGCUAUCAGUAUUUGACAACUGCUUUCGAAUCUCAAUAAUUCCUUAGGCUCGAAAUUCUCCGCAUAUUCUAAGAACAUUAGUCACGCGAAAAAAAAACGUGGACGCAAAACACAAACCGUCAAUUGUUACUUAUCUGUAGCCAAGAAUUGAAACGAUACACGUAAAAAAUGCUGACAUUUUUCGAUACGUUUUUACAAAUAAGUACCCGAGGUCGAAUAAACAAUGUAGAAUGUAUUCCGAUACCAAUAAAUGAGAGGAAAUUGUUGAUGGAAGGAAAAGACACUAAAUGAAGAUGACUGCUUGCUAUCACGACCUCAAUCAGGGGAUUCACUCAUCGGCCUCUGAGCUCAUCUGGCGGUUGUGAGCGCUUUGAACUGAUGAUUGAAAAAAACCACGAGAGGCUACCACUUAUUCCGUCCCAACCCUUUCGCAGCUCCGCCGCUGAACGCUUCCAAACGCUCACAAAACCGCUGGCUACGAAGGUUACAGAAAAUUACAGAAAAAACAUGCCACUAGCAACUCCAUCAAAAUCCUUUCAUGAUCAAGUUCAAACACAGAACUUUCUUAACAUUAUCUUCAUAACACACAUGUUGCGAACUCAUUAUUUUCUCCUGUCUUCACAUGUUGAGUUUUUUAUUAGAACACAUUUGUUUAUUUUGUUUGUUUCACAUUUCAGAGCCCAUCCGAACUCGGCGAAAUUCAUAUCUCAAUGUCUUACUACCCCACUCUAGACAGGCUGACGAUUAUCGUCCUUAGAGCGUCCAACCUCAAGAAAAUGGAGCCCCAUGGCACAGGUGACCGGGAAUAAUUGUUUACUUUGGUAACGCAGGCCUCCGCAUCACUUUGUUUUGAAUUAUUUGAAAUAGGCCUGAUAGCCUGAAAAAAAACAUUUCUAUCAUCAUUCGCCAAGAUAUUUUGAUGGGAGGUUUCUGACCAACUUAAAAGUAGGUCCAAAUGUAACAUUGUAGGAUAAUUGAAAGGGCAUCUUGCUAGCAUUUAUAAGAACACAGAGUAUAUUUUUUUAAUCUCUUCUCUUUCUCGGAGGAUAUGGACACGACCAUUCCUUUGGAGUCGAAAUUGUUGUGUGACAUUUUUUGUCUACGACGAUUUAUUGUUUUGGACGAUAGGUACUCUGUGAAAAGUGUCGACAUUCCUUUCCCUUGAAACCAAGAGAGGAUAAUCCGCUCUUGCUCAAAACAGAUCGGUAGGAAGAAUUCUAUAAAGCUCGACUAGCCCUUGACUUUAUUAGUGAGUUUAAAGGAGCAAAUAGUUGCCGAUAUUAAACCUGACCCGUUCUCGUGCUUCAAAUCCUGAAGUAAAUUCGAUAAAUAUGUUCUUACUCACUUUCGUGCAAACCGAGCCAAGGGCAGUUAAAUCCUCAUUCCUUGAACCAAUGGCCUUUUGUCUUAUGUCAUAGCUGUAUCAUUUCACUGAUGCUUACGUUUCAUUUCCUUUUUUCCAGAUUCCUACCCUAAAGUGACUUUCUCUAUUGGAAACAAAAUAAUCAAGACUAAAAAAGGACCUCUUCACCAUGGAUCACGUGACCCGUUGUAUAACGAGUCCUUCAACUUCUCUGUGUCCGGAGAUGACCUGGGCUCUGGUACUUUACUGGUGUCAAUUAUGCACUCAAGAGGAGGGGGUAAGGAGGACCAGUUAGUCGGCAGAGUCCUUCUUGGGGGAAUGAUGUACGCGAGGGGGACUGAGUGCGAGCACUGGACUGAAAUGAUGACGAAUCCGCGAAACAUGAUAAAAUAUUGGCAUAAGUUGACAAGUUAAACACAGCAAUAUCUUAAGUCUUUUGAAGGUUACACUGAUUUAUUCGUGUGGUACUAUCCGAGGUAAUUUACGACGAAAAUUUGAAUUUCACCCAAGGGUUUGGAGCAGACAGAACGGCUUGAAAGUUCGAAAAACAUUCGAAGUUGAGCAAAGAUACAUUAACUUUAAAUAAUGGUCCUUCAAUACGUGACAUCUUAUUUUUUCGAAAAGUUCUCAAGAUUGCUUUACUUUUCUUUUCCUCGCUUUUCUUCAAUCGAAUGAGAUCCAUCACAAAAAACCGACGGUGCCUCAGUUAUUCUAAUUUCUGUUUCAAGUGGUUUAUCUUUUAAUACUUUGAACUGUUAUUGGCUUUUUAUAGUUUUCUUCGUUCUGAUUGGUUUAUGUUGUUCCUUUGCAUGGUUUUAACUGUAUAAAACGCAUCGUUCCAAAAUACCGAAAUAGUGUUUAUUUUUUAUUUAAUCAUUUCUUACACCCAUUUUGAAAUCACUGGUGGUCCCUGUAAUCUGAUUGGCUCCAAUUGGUGUGAUUUAUUCACGAAUCGCAUCAUUUUUUGCUAUAAAUCGCAUCAUUUUCCCAGCCAAUGAGGAGGCUACACUAAAAACAAAACAACCAAUCAGAUUUCAAGGCUUGUUUAAAGUAACCAAUGUAAUUGUAGGAAAAUGAAAGACAACGAGUAUCAUGUGGCAAAUUUUGCAACCUUUGUUUCCAAAACUCUUGGUUUUUCCCCCCAAAAAAUGGAUGAAUUUAAUUUCAAACUAGCUCAGUACUGCAUCAAUAAAAUAUUUGAACUGACCAAGCCCUGUACCUGGGUGAUUUCAAAAUGGAUGUAAUAAAGUGGUAAUUGAACCUUGUACCGUGCAAUUUUGGUCUGAAAUCACACGAAUGAUUUCAGCCCAAAUUGCGCUCCACUCAGUUCAAUUAUCAUUAUGAAUUCAAUGGUAUUUUUGAACUGAAUAAUCAAAAUCGAGGUUAAAUUUAACUUUAUAAAACAUAAGAAAUAAAAUGUAAUUUUAAUAAAAACAACGCGAA